CUUCCCCACACAAUGGAAAACGCCACCGGUUUUUAAAUGGUCCUCUCACCCAAUAUUUCCUCUCACCAUUAAAUUCUUCUCUCUCUCUCUUUCUCGAAGAGAGAUUCCAUUCCAUCGCUGCGAGUUUGGGCUAUCAGCGGCCAUCAUCCAUGGCGUCUUCAACCUAAAGUCGAUCUGAUCAUCUCAGUCACCCACUCACUCACUCUUCCCGAGCUCGGACUCCCGAUUCCGCCGACGAACUAAUCCCUAGCAGCGGAGAGGAAAGGAAAAGAAGGAGAAGCAGCAGCAGCAGCUUGGAGCGGCGCCAUGUUUUUCCUGGACUGGUUCUAUGGAAUCCUCGCCUCCCUUGGCCUCUGGCAGAAGGAGGCCAAGAUCCUGUUCUUGGGCCUCGAUAACGCCGGGAAGACCACCCUGCUCCACAUGCUCAAGGAUGAGAGACUGGUCCAGCAUCAGCCUACUCAAUACCCCACAUCAGAGGAGCUGAGUAUUGGAAAAAUCAAAUUCAAGGCCUUUGAUUUGGGUGGUCAUCAGAUUGCUCGCAGGGUGUGGAAAGAUUAUUAUGCCAAGGUGGAUGCUGUGGUUUACCUCGUGGAUGCCUAUGACAAGGAGAGAUUCGCUGAGUCAAAGAAGGAGCUCGACGCCCUCCUCUCUGAUGAUGCACUCGUGAAUGUCCCGUUCCUCAUCCUCGGCAAUAAGAUUGACUUACCCUAUGCUGCAUCCGAGGACGAGCUCAGGUACCACCUGGGCCUCACCAACUUCACCACUGGAAAGGGGAACGUUGUGCUCUCUGACACGAAUGUCCGGCCCCUCGAGGUCUUCAUGUGCAGCAUUGUCCGGAAGAUGGGUUAUGGGGAGGGCUUCAAGUGGCUCUCUCAGUACAUCAAGUAGGGUAAAUGUAUGUACCAUUAUCUCCCUUGGUUAGCUCUGCUCCAACAGUAUGUUGCAUCGUCCCGUUUGAUUAUGCUCUUAGAUUUAGAUAAAAGCUCUGAUGAUGAUGCUGUAUCGUGUUUCUGAUGUUGUGUUUGGAAGGUGGGAUUUUCUGUGUAAUUUACUUGUGGCAAUCAGUUGUUCUAUGGAGUGGUACUGUAGUUUUCUCAAGGGUUGCGUUUUGUUGCUUUGUUUCAUUUGGUAAAUAUAAUGCCUUCAAAAAUCACAAUAUAGACCCAACAAUUCUCAAGGGUUGAGCCCUUGCUACCA